AUGCAUGACUGGCGAGAGCAAGGCAACUACGCGAACGAUAGUGAGAAAGGCUACAACGAAGAUGCAUUCAAUGUCGAAGUAUUCGAUCCUGCCGAUGAGGAACGCGACAUCAAUCCUGUUGACAAGAACCACGACGUGGACACCGAGAGCCACGAACACGCGAAGUACGCAGCGACGAUCGACGUUGACGAGUGCAACAAUGUCCGGCCGCCCGCAAAGCAAGAAGUCGUCAUGGACAGUGGAGCCACAGACCGCACGACAGGAAACUUUUAUAUCCUCCACUGUGUGUGUUAUCCCACGCAAAAGACACGUCAGACUCGCGGACAACAUAUCAACCUUGUUGAACAAAUGGGGAACAGAGAAUAA